AUGUCCUCCCCUUCUCCCUCGGUCAGCGCCCUCUCCGAUAACGUCGUCGUCGUCCGCUCUGGGAGGCUCCCCGACAAAAGAAUUCUUGUCUUCUAUGUGGCGGAAUAUCGACUGGUCGCAACUGUUGGCGGCGGGAGCAUCAUGAGGCCUGGACACCUGGUCUUCAUACCUCUCCCUGGCGGUCGUUAUGCCUUCUUCUGCUGCGGGCCUCGCGAGGUGCGAGGAAGGCCGAUCGGCUCAUGGAACGUUCAAAUCGUUGUCCAAGAGUCUACAUUGACCGUUUAUUGGUCCGAUGAAGUGGCGGACAGGGUGCACUCGGUGACCAUGUACGAUGACGAGAGUUUCCGUACGCUUGUGUGCCAUUGCUUCGGAGGGAGUGGCGACGGCGCUAUCUCGCAGGGCGUUGUUAGCUCGCAGAGCACCAUGCCGUCCUGGCGCCACGCCUGUGGCGUCAUCGUUUUGUACCUCGUCGCUCUUUAUCUCUCCUACAAGGCUACGGCUGCUUUUGUCUCAGUCACGAACCAUGCCCCUUGUGUCACUGACGUCGCAUUUGCGCGGCUGCGCGCGAGCGACGAACGUGUACGAAUGCCAGUGGGACGACAUCAUGCACAUCUCGGGCAUCUUGUCUUCACUGUCGUCGCUAUGAUGCAGAAGAAGCUCGCGCACGUCCUCCGCUCGCUCCAGCUGGCAUCGGGCGUGCGCGCGUUGAUCGGCGAAGCUCGAAGGCCUGCAGCAGCCCCAUCGCACCCCCGCCGUCGCCGUCACUGUCCGUCCGAGGCCUACCUGGAACGAAGGGACCCGCCAGCUGGCGGGUUGGAGCACGGCGGCUUAGCCCGCGAGGCCGUCCGCCAGGUCGACAUGGGAGCCGACAUAGGGUGUCGGCGCGACGAAUCCUUGCGGAACGUCGGCGGGACGGGUCGCUUCUAUGCGGGGAAUUGUAAGAGACUGUCGCCGAUAUCGAUGGCGGAUUCACCGCCACCCGAAACCGACCCACAGAUCCAAGGCGACGACCACCUCCGUUUCACGCCCUCGGUCGUGGACAGGAUAGUCAAAGCAACAGAGACAAAGGGCGGCGAGCUCCAAGUCGCGCAGCCAGUGGAGCGGUACCGUAGGAGGGCUACGCCCGGGCGCGAAGAAGAGCAAGCCCCUUACCAUGUACUUGCCGCCCCGGAUGCGCUGGCGAAGACAUCGCUUGCUGCGAAGAUACCCGAACUGCAGCCCCCGUAUACGGGAGGCAUUGCUAUCCUUGAACCAUAUCGUUUCGUCUUGCGUUGGCAACGCAAGACGAAACGAUCUGUGAGCCGUAGGGUCGAGCGCGGGACGACCCGGUUCGCGUAUGAGGUGCAGAGCGUGCUCAAGGCGGAGAUGGCAGACAGCAAGGAGCCCGAGGAAGCGCAGCCUGAGCUGAUGCAGGGCAGAUUCGUUCGGAAGACGGAGCACGGCCUUGACGUAGAGAACAGGGCCCACUACAUGGUCAUCGCGACCCAGCAGUGGCUGAGCGCUCUGCUCGACCUACUCAGCGACAUCCUCGUCCUCGACGUCGCGCGAUUCACGGCCAGGUUCAGCCAGACGAUCAGCCCGAGCAAGGUCGACAUCGUCCUGUCGUACAGAUUGAGCAAUGCGUGCCUCUCUGCCCUCCAGCACGAGUUCGCGCAGAGUCUCAGCCGCACGGUGCGGUUCUCCGAAGUGGUAACAAGCAUGCACGGUCCGCUCUUCCCGAUGGACGAGGCACCCACCCUUCAAUCGCAGGCUCGUAGGAGCCGAUCACAGCGAGAGCUCUUCGCCAGCUUGUUUGAUUCGAAAGACUGCGAGGAUGAGCGUGCGCUUGCUAAGGGAAGGCACGAGGUCGAAGCGGGCAAGCAUGCAGGCGGAAGCCACAGGACGUGGAUGUGUUGCAAGCGAUCCUCAUCGUCCGUGCCUAGCAGCGGGUCGGCCAUCUCCUCAUCGGCAUUGACCAUCACCCAAUUCUUGGUUCUCCUUCGGCAGCUGCAGCUCGGCGUCGACCGCUCUGACGACGCCUUCCUUCUCCCUGCAUUCUUCAAGUCGCCCUUUCAGUCUUUAUCACCCAUCCUGCUGUCCUCUGUCCUCUACACUGAGCCCGAGUCGAUAACCUCGUGUCGGUGUGCUUCCAUUCCGGAGCUGCAGUCUGUCGAGGAUGGGCUGGUGAAACUACACGAAGCCGAACGACACGCCCGUCUCAUCGCCAGAGAAGGGGGCAUCGAUUUCAAGGAUGUCGACCACGGAGGUCUUCCGCUCGUCCUGAAGCAAGUGAGCUUCGCCGUGCGCCCAGGGGAGAAGCGUGGACACGCAAAAUAUCGGGCUGAAGACAGCCUUGCUUUCAUCCCGCAAGACAACGUGCUCCUCAAUUCCCGUAGAGACCCAGAGGGCACCCGCACGGAUGCGGAAUUGAUCUCUGCCCUCCAGCGGACGUGGCUGCUGCCGAAGGACGAGGCGCAUAACGCCGCAGCGGAAGCUCUCGUCGGCGACGAGGGGAGCAACUACCCCGUUGGCGAGAACGACGAGGCGACGAGCAACUUUGGCAUGGAGAUGGACGCGAAGCUGUUCUCGGUGAAUUGGUCAUCGCGCUGA